CAUAGGCCACCAUGCAGGCCCCCACAGAACAUCAUAUUUGAGCAGAUGUGUUACACUGGUUUUCAGUGUGCGCUCCACUAUGGACCGCAGAAGGGAUGUGGGGCACAGGAAUACCCUCACGCUCCACAAUGACAGAUGACAGAAAUACUAUGCUGUACAUUCUCGAGGAGCCUCAGAUGCGCUGGGAAGGCGAGAGGCUUCGGACAUUUCAGAGCUGGCCGACGGACGCUCCCGUCACACGUGGAGACUUGGCCAAGGCGGGAUUCUUCUUUUUAGGUCCGGGAGAUAAAGUCCAGUGUUUCUGCUGCGGUGGCGUUCUAAGAUGUUGGGUACAAGGAGACAGCCCGGCCGCCGAGCACAAGCGCCACUUCCCCACGUGCAGCUUCAUACUGGGCCGAGCCGUGGGAAACGUUCCGCUGCUGGCCGGAUCGCCGGACUCUGUGGACGGACAGCUGUUGAGCCAACUCCAGAGGAUGACGAUGGACGACCAGGGGACGGCUGGGCAGGCGGUCUACCCUGAGAUGGAGGCGGAGGAUUCCCGGCUCACGACCUUCCACAACUGGCCCACGGAGGCCUCGGUCCAGCCAGAUGUUCUUGCCAGAGCUGGAUUUUUCUACACAGGUCAUGGUGACAACGUCAAGUGCUUCUACUGCGACGGGGGUCUAAGAAAUUGGGAGCCAGGAGAUGACCCCUGGCAGGAACACGCUAAGUGGUUCCCACGUUGUGAAUUUUUAAUCCAGUCAAGAGGACAGGAAUAUAUCAGCAACAUCCAGGAUGCUCAUUUCCAUCUGGGUGAGAGUGUGGGUGGCUCACAGACAUCCACUGGCAGAGAAAUUGGCUCCAGAAAUGACGUGGUCGGCGGUUUGGCAGCGUCGUCAGUCAUGCUCUCCCCAGUGGUGCAGACGGUGCUCCAGAUGGGCUUUGAAGCCAGCCUGGUAGAGAGUCUGGUCCAGACCAAGUACCUUUUGACAGGCCAACACUACUCGCACGUGUCGAGCCUGGUCAGUGAUGUGCUACAAGCUGAGGAGGAGGACAGGCAGAGAAGGCCACAGAGCAGAGAGCCUGACAGGAGGCAAGGCCCUGAUGCUGGGAACGUGAGGACGAUAUCGCCACUGAGAGAGAAAGUGAGGGAGCCCAGUCCCGAAGAGCUUCUGAGGCAGCUGCAGGAGGAGAGGACCUGCAAGGUGUGCAUGGACAAACUGGUGUCCAUCGUGUUCAUCCCCUGCGGUCAUCUGGUGGUGUGUGGCGACUGCGCCGCCAGCCUGCGUCACUGCCCCAUCUGCAGAGCCGUCAUCAGAGGCAGCGUCCGCGCCUUCAUGUCCUGAGACGCUAUCCGGAGCCUUGCAUGACAAAUAGCGCCUUUCCUCUCAUAGGUUGCUGCUUUUGUCGGCAGUAACUAAAUGCGAUCCACAAUAAACAUUUUGAGCUGCUCAGUAUCGGUGUGGCAAUUUUAAUGUGGGUUUUACACAGAUUUUUACUCAGUGACACGAGACGACUGAAAGAGAACAAUUUAUUUUAUUGAUAAACACUUAUUUGCAUGAACACAAAG